AUGGAAGGAGGAGUAGGCGCUGGUGGCCGUCUUGGCAAUCGAAAUUUGCAAAACAACCGUCCCAACAUCUAUCCACCAUUAACAGCCAGAGAUAGAUUUUUAUUUGGUCAGAGGCGCCAUUUCACACCCCACCAAAAUAUUCAAAACAAUGAUAAAAACAAAGAAACCACUGUUUCAAACAAUGGGUCGUGUGGUUUUUAUCCGCCUAGUGGUGCAAUUGGUGCUGUUCCAUGGCAGGGCAUUCAAGAGACAAGCUUUGUUGAUGGUGCAAUUGGUGUUGGUGGAGAUGACCUUAAUUGGACAUACGAGGGAAACCCUAAUGGGGGUUUGAAUGGAAAAGUGAGUGUUUCAGGGAAAAGUUAUAAAGGGAUAGGAAAGAAAACCAAGAAAGGAUCCUGUGCAACUUUGAUCAAGGGGCAAUGGACAGAAGAAGAAGAUAGGAAGCUAAUUAGGUUGGUGAAGCAAUUCGGAGUGAGAAAGUGGGCUCAAAUCGCUGAAAAGCUUGAUGGUAGAGCUGGAAAGCAGUGUCGUGAGAGAUGGCACAACCAUUUAAGGCCUGAUAUCAAGAAGGAUAGCUGGAGUGAAGAAGAGGAGAGAAUAUUGGUGGGAGCUCAUGCUAAAGUUGGAAACCGAUGGGCGGAGAUUGCAAAGCUUAUUCCAGGAAGAACAGAAAAUGCUAUAAAAAAUCAUUGGAAUGCUACAAAAAGAAGGCAGAAUUCAAGGAGAAAGCACAAGCAAAAAGAAAGCAAAAGUGGGAAAACUCAAUCCUCGAUACUUCAAGACUACAUUCGAAGCAAGAACCUUAAAAAUGCUUCAACUUCUACCCAAAGCACAACCACUACCACCAACACCCCAUCAAGCUCUAUAUCUGAAGAACCAUCGAGCCAAAACAACUAUUUUCUCCCUGAAUUAUCAGAAUCAAACACUGAUGACUCUCCAUCAUUACUUGCACAAGCAUGUAAUGAUGACGAACUUCUGUUCAUCCAAAAUUUCUUUGCCAACAAAUCCAAAGACCCACCAACAGAUAAAGCUGAUAUGGAGAUUAAUCCAAUAAUGGAAGUCAACAGCUUCAGUGCGGAUCCUUUUAAUGAUUCCUUGUCCUUGGAUUCUUGGGGUUCAUAUCAAAACAAUGGAGGUCAGCAGCUCAAUGAUGGAAAUGAAAAUGGCUUUGUUUCUUCUAGUCUGAAUCCAAAGUUGUGCACUAAUGGUUUCCAAGCAGCGGAAGAUCAUACACCCCCUCAUAACCACCUCCAUUCUGAUCUCUAUCUUUCGUAUCUACUGAACGGAGCAAGUAGCGCCCCGUGUUCGUCUUCCACUGAAUAUGGACACAACAGCAUGAACCUGGACUUGGAGAUGGAUCAAACUGAUUCUCUCAAUGGAAAGAAGGAGAUGGAUUUGAUAGAGAUGCUUUGUUCUUCUCAAUUCUCUCAGGGUUGUAACAAAAUGUAG